AUGAAGAAGUGGGGUGGUUUAGAAUACUUUAAAUUCGCAGUCUACAUAUUGAUGCCAAUUACUUGUUCGUUAUACAUAUUGGAUGAUGAUAGAUUAAAUAAUUUAAUUAAAAGAUAUCAUUUUGUAGUUUAUCCACCUGAACAAUACGAUCAAUCAGAUAUUCAGGAAAUGAUUAGAGUAGCAGCUGAAAAGAGAGAGAAACGUUUAGAUGCUAAUCUAUCAAUCGAAGAGAAAAUGCUCUCUGAAAGAGAAGACAAGAGAGAGGAAUACUAUGAAAAGAGAAGCAAGAGACAUCAAUUUGGUAUUCAACCAAGAUCUAAAUCUUCACAAGAUCAAGAUCAAGAAUAG